AUGACCGGCGGCGGAAAAUCUGGUGGCAAGGCCUCUGGCUCCAAGAACGCUCAAUCGCGUUCUUCGAAAGCUGGCCUAGCAUUCCCAGUUGGUCGUGUGCAUCGUCUUCUUCGAAAAGGCAACUACGCACAGCGUGUCGGUGCCGGAGCUCCUGUUUACCUGGCAGCUGUUCUGGAGUAUCUCGCUGCCGAAAUUCUUGAGCUGGCUGGCAAUGCCGCCCGUGAUAACAAGAAGACGCGUAUUAUUCCGCGCCACUUGCAGCUGGCCAUUCGAAACGAUGAGGAGUUGAACAAGCUGCUGGGGCAUGUCACUAUCGCUCAGGGUGGUGUUUUACCCAACAUUCAUCAGAACCUUUUGCCGAAAAAGACUGGCAGCAAGAGUGGCAAGAACGCGAGUCAGGAGUUGUAG